AUGGGUUACCCCCGUGAAGGCGUGCGGAACUCUCCCAAAGUGAGGCCACGCUUCUCGCCCAAUCGGAGUUCGACGCCGAGCCGGUCAAGCCGGCAUUCAUUCUCUGUAGACUGUGGCGACGUGGUGCCUGGCAUGAGCCCUCACGGUUCCCUGCGCGGUCGCAGUGCCGGCACCGGCUCCUUCCUCAGCGUGACCGGUUCGCACGAGAAGACCAGUUCCAGCGCCAGCGUGAGCCCCGACGCGUCGGCGACCAACAAGUACCGGCUCGUCGUGCUGGGCGGUCCUCGUGUCGGCAAGUCGGCCAUCGUGCACCGCUUCCUGCACGACAGGUUCUUGCACGACUACAGCGCCACCGUCGAAGAGUUUCACCGCGGCGAGUACGACGUCGGUGGUGGCGCCACCGUAGCUCUCGACAUCCUCGACACCGGCGGGAGCUUCGAGUUUCCCGCCAUGCGGCGCCUCGCUAUCGACUCCGGCGACGCCUUCCUUCUGGUGUACGCGAUCGACGACCGCGACUCGUUCGAGCUGGUGCGCAAGCUGCGCGACGACGUGCUGGCGGCGCGCAAGGCGCCCCCUAUCGUCGUGGUGGGUAACAAGACCGACCUCGAGUCGCAUCGCCAAGUGCAGUCGCAGAUGGUCGAGCCGAUCGUCUGCAUAGACUGGGAGCACGGCUGGGUCGAGUGCUCCGCAAAGGACAACACAAACAUCGCCAGGGUCUUCCAGGAGCUGCUGGCGCAGGCGCACUUCAAGAGCAAGGUUGCCAAGGCGACGCAGAGCCGGCGCAUGUCCCUUCCCGUGAACAGCUUCAGCCGGGACCAACUGAGCCCGGUGUUCAGGCCCAAGGGUGCACGGAAGAGGACGAGCUGCGCAGUCUCCUAAGGCAACGACACGGGAAGGACCAACCGGGAAUCUCCGCAGUCAGAUGUCAUCCUCACCCAGAUUGUCCAACCCAUGUCAGGUUGAUGUUUUCACUGUGAGCAGGCAGAAGGGUUGCAAUACUCUACGCGUCACCGAGUCACGUGAUUUGCCGAGCGCUAACAGCGAUUCCUACUUACUGUUCUCUCUCUCUCUCUCUCUCUCUCUCCGCGAAUGUUGUCCUUCUAUCUUUCUGUGCCGCUUCUGGUGCUCGGUAUUUGAGCUUGAGCCACGAUGCAACGCAGCUUGGAGAAAGAAACUGUAUAACCUUUUUUUUUUCAAAAGUAAUUUUCCAUAAUCUAUAGACAGUCUACAGACGACUUUCUGUGGUGGAUAUAAAUAUUUCACACGUGCCCCACGAACUGAUUGGACACACGUGAGUCCCGAGUUUUUGUCAGUGGAUGCCUGCAGACUUUCCACAAUGAACCUGUGUUGAUGUUAACUGUAAAACACCAAUUAAACCAGACGAAACAGACUCAUUAUCUCCGCCUUGUCUACCCCUUGCGUAAGAUGUUGUUAAUAUGUCUUUGCGUCAUGCGUUGACGACGACGUGAGGGCGUCAGUUCAGUACGUGUUAAAAAGCAAUGAAAUAUUACGCUGAACUUUGCAACGGUCACACCGUGACGCUGUCAUCAGUGAGGAUUUUCGCUCGCGAGAAGCAAAAACAUGCUGCAUCGAGAGUCUGCGGACAAUCUAUAGGCUGCUGUUUCUAUCCUGUUUUGUAAUGUCCGUCAGACGUAGUCAUAGCGUUCCUGCUCGUCGCAUGCCGCGAAAUAACAGGCUUCAUCUGACUACAACCACGUAUCUCAUGCAACUGUUUGUACUCUCGCUCUCGCGCCCACUGUACGUAUGUAAUGUACGCCUUCCUAAAGCUAACUUAGCUAUAUCCCUUCAACUCAUUCAAGCGGCAGUGGAAAAAAAAAAGGUUACAGAAGAAAGAAGUCUAUAUUAACACUUCACGCCGUCAAAUCACAAGUAUAUCCUUUGCCUUUGAGUACUACGGUUUAAAGUUUGGAAUGUAAGUGUGGUAUAUUUGUUCCUCGUUAUGUUCUGACACGUUGUUUUCCGGCAGCCCCGAAAGCAAAUCUCUUUUCAAGCUCAUUCGAGUUUGAAUGUACCUCCCGUCCUCUAUCGCUAGCCUCCGCUUGUGCUAAAGUUACUUUUUUUGCGGACUCCGUUCAGAUACUGCUUCGCGCUGUCUUAUCUGACCUUGGUUUCUUUUCGCGCCCAGAACACUCGUCGAAUGAAACGUCGCCGUUAUCCUUAAGAGCAGCAGGAUUUCCAUAAAAAAACUUUGAGCCUGGGUGCCCACAAUACAUCGGUAAUCUUAACAGAGUGUGCGCAAGAAGACGUUUGAUAGUAAUUUAUAUAUAUAUAGUGUGCAAAGGUUUCCCGUCGAGUAAAGAUACUUCAAGGUAUAACCUUGAAUGUUAAAUUAUAUUUCUACGGCAGCGCAAGCGUGUUAAGUACAGCUACAGUGCCACGUACCUUAAGAUAAUUCGUUGCUGGGCUAGUUGGUUCGUAGUAGUAAACUGCAGAGCGCAAAUUAGGUACGGGACAAAGAAGAACACACACUGCACAGGACAAGCGCUAACGAGCAAAGAAUAGCGCUUGUCCUGUGAUGUGUGUGCUCUUCUAUGUCGCGUACCUUAUUUGCGCUCUGAAGUUAACUAGCACCGUGUGCUUCGGCGUAAAACCGAGACGCAAUACGAAAUUCUGUGCUACAAAAUACCGUAUAAAUACUGCAAAAUACCGCAAACAAGGGCCACUGCGAGCAUAGACGAGCGAAUAUACUCGUUAGCAUUCGUUAAAGUGUUGAGUUAACAAGUCAAAUGGCAGGCUCUUUCACAACCGUUCCUACACCACAGCUGCAAUUCGAUUAUGCUUCGAGGGGGCUCUUUUAUUAGCUUCUGAAUAUCAAAGAACAGCAAUUGCUUAACGAAACGGCAAAUGAGGGCCGGGCUACGGCGUUCGUGCUGGGCGAGUGGUGUCCUCUAUCAUGGAUUUUCCUUCUGAGGCAAGUCAGUCACCGAUU